AUGGUGGCGUGUGAGAAGGCGGGACCUAAAGAGAAAGGUAACGGAAAAGUGGACAGCCUGAUGCUAUGUGCUGUUUCUCCUACAGGUAUUGGAACAGUGGAGAUCCUAAUGGUGGAAGAGCUGAGAACUGUGUGUAUUUCUACUCAGGUUCAUCAGACACAGGAGAAUGAGAGAAACCUAUUGAACAGUUACAACACCCUGACUGCAGAGAGAGACCAGCUACAGGCCAGUUCCAACACCCUGACCAAAGAGAGAGACCAGCUACAGAUCAGCUACAACACCCUGACAGCAAAGAGAGACCAGCUACAGACCAGUUAUAACACACUGACAGCAAAGAGAGACCAGCUACAGAGCAGUUAUAGUUACCUGACUAAAGAGAGAGACCAGCUACAGACCAGCUACAACAACCAGACUGAAGAGAGAGACCAGCUACUGGCCAUUAUUAAUAAAUACAGAAUAUGUCCCCAAGUCUGGAAGAAGUCUGGCUGCAGUUGUUACUACAUCUCCCCUGAUGAGAAAACGUGGGAUGAGAGCAGAAAGGACUGUCAGGCGAGAGGAGCAACCCUGGUGAUCAUCGACAGCAGAGAGGAACAGGCUUUAAUCAAAGCAUUCAACAAAAGAGCCUGGUUUGGUCUGACUGACAUAGAAGUUGAGGGAACCUGGAGAUGGGUGGACGGCACACCACUGACCACAAGUUACUGGAACAAAGGGGAGCCAAAUGAUUUGCAAGGAGAAGACUGCGCUUUGGUUGACAACACUCAACAGGACCCAGUACUGGCUUGGAAUGAUGUGUCAUGUAACCACAACAAUAGUUGGAUCUGUGAAAGGCAGGUGUGUUAAGGCUAUCAUUAACAGUUAAUUUGGAGAAAAGCAUGACCCACAUUUAUAAAAUAAUGUUCUCUCUGACCACUCUGUCUCUCUCUCUCUCUCUCUCUCUCUCUCUCUCUCUCUCGCUUUCACUCCCUCUAACAGUUCCAUCGCUUAAAUUCUUGUUUUACUCUUAAUUUGUUACGUUUGACUGCUCUGAAAUGUGUUUAAUUUACAAAAGUAUU